AUGGGACGUCGGCACAAGCAGGCCCGGACAGGCGCACGCAUCCCCAAGAUCAGCCCACCUCGUUACUGCGGUCCCAAUCCUCCUAUCGUCGACAUUUCUUCAAAUGUGGAUUUUGACAACGUGACAGUGAACGAGACAACUGAUAUAUCUCUAUAUUGUUCAUAUGAAGCCAAUCCGACGGCGUUAGAGUCGGUGAAAUGGUAUCGUGAUGGACAGAAGUUGGAAUUGUCUCCCGAUCACUAUGUAGGUAAUGAAAAAGACACUGCACUUCUCAUCAAGAACUCCACACGAUAUGAUCAAGGUGCAUACACAUGUGUUCUGGAAAAUUCUGUUGGAAGUGGGGAGUCCAAAAAUGCCAUCUAUGUUGCAGUUUAUUAUAAGCCACAAGUUAAACUAUUAAUGGACCCGCCUAGCCCAGUGAGAGAACUCGAUGCUCUUAAUAUUACGCUUACAUGUAAAGUUGAGUCUGGUAACCCAGACACAUUAUUGGCUGUUCGUUGGUACCUUGGAGGAGACAUUUUAAAGGAACUACCUGAAUGUGAUAAUGCCUCAAAUUCAGUAGAUAGCACAUUUUGUGAUAUUGAUCCAAGCAAGUUAUUGCUGGAAGAUGUGGUACGUGCUUUUCAUGGAAAUUAUUCAUGUGAAGGAAAAAAUGAAGCAGGCUGGGGGCCUUUGUCUGCAGAAGAGGAACUAGUUGUUCAUUAUCCACCAGGUCCAGCGACAUUAGUGUAUGCACCAACACAAGUGGUAAAAAAGAGCCACGUAACAUUGAGCUGCAGUGUUGAAGACCCAGGACGGCCAGCAACAUCAACAUUUAGGUGGACUCGAGGCUCUCAUCAUAUCCAUGAUAUGACCUCUGGUAAUUGGACUAUUGACCCUGUCACUUUGGAGACCCAGUCGAACUUCACUUGUCUAGCAUACAAUGAAGGAGGUGAAGGGGAGCCAGCCUCUGUUGCUAUAAAUGUGUCAGCUCCUCCGACAUUUAUUUCAAGAUUGUUACCCUAUUAUGGAGCUCUUCUUACUAGCAAAUAUAUUAAUAUAUCUUGCCAAGUGGAAUGUUCUCCAGUGUGUAGCAUACAAUGGCUAAAAAAUGGUGUACUUCUUGAAACUGGAGAUGGUACUCCUUACAAUGUCAUAGAUGAGUAUCGCCCUCCAAAUUUUCGAAAAAAUGAUUUUGAAUCCAUUCGCUCAACACUGGUGUGGAACAUGUCAGCAUGGGAGGGCAGUCAACUUGAUCGUGUACAUGAUAAUGCAAAUUAUACUUGUCAGAGUUCUGGGAAUGAAGUAGGUCCAGGAGUCCGAAGUAACACAUUUUUUGGUGUGGAAUACCCUCCAGAAAAUAUUUCAGUUUCCCAUAGAGUGGUAAAUGUUGUGGAAAAUAACAUACCAGGCAAAGUACGUUGUGUUGCCAAAGGUUAUCCAAAUGCAACUUAUCACUGGCAACGUGUAGGUCAGUCACAAGAGCCUGCCAUUAAAGGAGAUAUUCUCCACUUAAAUUAUCCUCUGUCACGUCACAAGAGUGGCAACUAUACUUGUGUAGCUUCCAAUAAGCAUGGAAGUAUUGCACAAAACAUUACUAUCAAUGUCCAAUACAAACCUGAAUGUGGAAUAUCACAAUCUGAAUCAGAUGGUAAAUUGGUAUUAACAUGCACUGCCACUGCUAAUCCUCCAGAAGUUGAUUUUGUAUGGCAUAUAAAAGGUGAAAAUGAAAGUAUAGAAGAAAAUGUUUUGAAGAAAGGUUAUCAGUCUCAAUUGAUUUUGGAAUCAUAUGUUGAAAAUUUCCGCACUUACAUUUGUGUGGCCAACAACAGUAUAGGAACUUCUAUUCAGUGUGAGCGUGAUGUCACAGGUCAUGUCAUAAGUUGGUGGAAAAAUUUUGAAAAUGAUAAUUACAAAAUUAUCAUUGCAGUCAUAGUAGGAGCUAUUCUGAUGGUCAUCAUUGUUUGCAUCUCAAUUAUUGUUGUAUGCAGAAGAAAACGAGCUGAUGAUAAGUACAAUAAUCCAGUGGAGCUGGAGGAAAGAGAAAACCCUGAUGGAGACUCCAACUUAUCACCUGCUCAGACCCAACCACGGCCUGUGCACAAGUGGCCUCUGCGUCCAGGAGUCCUUGUGCAUGUCAAUGGAGCACACAGUCUCAACUUAGGGCGGUGUGAACCUGCAGUACCUUCUAGUUCACAAAAUGUUACCCAAAAUCACACAACGAAUACAAUCUCUGGGAACAGAGGGCGUGCCAAACUAACAGCUAGAAAAGCUAAGCAGAGAAGAGCUGCUAGUCUUAUCAGUGAGGGAACUGAUGACACAAAUCAGCACAGUAGGGCAAACAAAAUUCGACAGAUGUUCAUUAAUGACAGUUCAAAAUAUCGUUGUGAAACCAUGCCUGGGGUCUUCCAUGGGAAGUCAGGAGUGGUGACUUUCAAGAAACUAGAUGGCCCUGCAAACAGUGGAGUUUCAAGGAAACGUAAAAAACCUGGGUCAGGCCCAAGUCCAUCAGCUACCAAAGAUAAAUCAAAACAAGACUUAGCCACAUCCCCAAGUGAUGGUCUUUUGCAGCCUGAUGGAGACAAGGCAUUUUAUGAAAAUCUCCCAUUCCAUGGCAUGCAAUCUGCACCCAACAAGCCUGUACCUACUGGUCCCAUAGCUCAAGCUGCUAGUAGACCCUCCAGCCAGCUGAGCCAGUAUGGCUCCUCAGGCUACGGUUCAACACGCAGUCAUAUGGGUCCUCAUUUACAGAGAUCUCAGACUUUAGCUCUGGUAGCUAAGGACAAGUUCAAUUCUUUGAGAAUACAUCCCCAUAAAAAGCACUACCCCCAGUUUUAUUCUAUGAGAUUACAUCACAGAAACAGGAAUAGAGUUGGAGCAGGAAACAAUAAAAAGCAACAUGACAGGCAACAAGAAAAAGUGUCUGUCCAGUUAUCUACAAUUUCUUCACAAGUGGAUGAAAUUGAAGAUAAAAAAGAUAAAUCUGUGAAUAUAAAUUCUGCUACUGUAGAACUUAAUAACAAUGAUAAGAAGCCACCAGAUAGGACACAAUUGCCUAUUCCAGCUCCAAGAAAACAAAUUCCAAACAAAUCAGUUGUACACACUUAUCAAAAUGUUCCUAUCCCUAUUGCAUCAAAGUCACAAGAACUCACAAUGACACAGAGCCAACUGCAAAGACAACAGCAGCAGCAUCAUCAUCACCACUACAACCUAACAUCACAACAUCAUCUACUAAUGAAUCCCACCAACACAACCCAAUUUGGCAGCACCAGAAGGAGCCACAGCAGUAGAAAUUACCUUCCCCCAAUGCGACUGGAGUAUCAACAACCUUACUACAUGACUGAUCCCUACGUGUCAGAUAGUGUAGUAUAUGCAGAUCUUGCAUUGGCUACUAGUGGUGGGCGACGAGAACCUCACCUUCCUUCCCACUAUAGGCCACAACAAACCCCUACUGAGUAUGCCAUCUUGAAGUUUCAUGAUGUGGGACAAGAAAUUGAUGUGUGAAGUGCCAUUUCGACCAGAAUUCUCUGACUUGGACUAUGCAGAUGUGGAUUAUCGCUCUUAUGGGCCCAUAAACUACAAGAAAGCUUCCAUUGAAGCUGCAAGUCAACGCAAAGCUAAGAACGACAGCCCAACAAAACCAAUCUACCCACAGAAUAACCAAUAUUAUGACUUACUAUAAAGCCGUGCAUUUAUACCUACCAAUGGGCUCUCUAUUUUCCCUGUUAUUUCCUCAUGAGGAUUCAAGAAUUUUGUUGUAUAUAGAUCUGCUAGGCUGCAUAACAUGAUUAACCUGUGAUUAACCACAAAACUGAUAUGUGUUCUUUCCUCUGCUUAACAUCCUGGCUCCUGUUUUCCUAAUAUAGCUGUGUCUGCCAAUAACUAAUACAGUGACAAGACUUGUCAUUUAUGGUGGUGCUUUGUGACUCUUUCAAUAUGUACUUCAACAAAUUUUCAGUGACUAAAGUGUUUUCAUGUGUGGUGAUGGACACAAACAAUGUGUACUGGCUCUAAUGUACAGUUGCCAAAUAAACAAUUCUAUCCAGUACAUUUAGGUUGUGAGUGUUUUAAUAAAGAAGUUAGUUUUUUUAAUGUAUAUAAGCAUAUGUAAAAACAAUCAGAUUUAAAGAGGAGCUUUUAAAGUUAUCAUUGUAAGAAAUGUUAGUGUGAUAAUUAGUGGGUGACCGAUGUGUGUGAGUGAAAACACUGGGGAAAGUGUACGCGUAGUGAUAUGGCUUCCACCAGAUUUGCAGGAAAUACCAGAAAUGGGAGUCAAUCCAGGUAUUUUUGUAUCCAUGUUAUGUGCACAAAGUAGAUCAAAAAAUGAUGGAACAAUCAUGCUUAAUUUUUUUGUAUAUACCAAAUAAGCUAGAAGUUUUUACAUCGUCCAAUGUUAUGAAAAGUUUGGAGUUCUGAGUUUCUGAAUAGCCUGUCUUGAAUUUAUCAGUAUAUGCUAGGGAAGCUGUUAGUUAUACUGUUAUGAAGCCAAUUAUCAUUACUCAUUUCUACAAAAGAAUUUUGCAAUGUGAGCAAUGAUUUAAUAAUGGUCUCUGGACAUGUAAAUAUCUUUGCUCAAGAAUAACAGAAGAUACAAGUGAUCAAAAAAUCUCCAAGGUUAUUUGGUAUCAUUUCACCUAUGCAUGGAUUACUCUCAAGAACAUAAAGUGUCAUGGAUAUUGCUACAUAAAAUGUUUACUACAAUUAAAUUACGUUUGUAAGAAAAUAUUAAUAUAUGUUCUAGUCCCAUCUCAGCAAACUUUGCAUAAUUCUGUAAUUACUGUGUAUUGUUAAGUGUUGAAACUCAAAUUUCAGACCAGGAUUCCAAGAUGAUUUACAGGAAUCCUGGAUAUUAGGUCGUGUAAGUCAAGUUGCUUUUCCAGAUGUAUGCUAACCAAAGAAAGAAUUAUGUUACCUGUAUAGCAAUGUGCUUGUUAAUUUUGUUGAUAUAUUCUGUAUGUAAUAAAAAUGGGAAUGGAAGGUACACUUGUUAGCACCUUCUAUGGCUUGUUAAUAAUGCAUAGUAAACUGGGACAUACUAUGUGCAGUGCAUAGCAUCUAUUGUUUGUAAAUUAUUGGAAACUAGUAGUAAUGUACAAAGAUGAUUUCUGGAUUGACACAUUUCUCUACAAAAAUAGUCUUUCCCUAAUACCAUAUAAUAUUUGGUGUAUGAUAACCCAUUUAUACAAAUUGUGAACAUGCUUAUAUAUUUUUUAAAUUGAAUUGUUCCUCUUUGCCAGAACUUUAAUACUGUAAUCUGGAUUGUUAGCACCUAUAUUUGUUAUGAUAACAGGUGUCAAAUGUAACCUGUAUGUCCAUGUGUAUGAAUAUGAAAUCAUUGUUUUGUGACAUAUUUUCAUUGCUGGUAUGUUUGUUACAUGUUUGUCAUAAAGUGAAUAUUGCAGUAUUUGGUUCCUGUAAUUUGUGCAGAAUGGAAACUAUGAACAAUACAUCUGGGAUGGGACAUUCUUGUAUGUGUUCUUUUUCAACCACAUGAAAGUGUCUCUCAUUUCUAUAUUACCAAUAUAUACUAGUUUCCAAAGACAGUCAUAUUUCAAUAUCAUGGUUGAUGCUUGGAUAUAUUAACUGGUUAUUUGUUCAAAGAAGAAAAAAAACAUGUAUGUAAUUGUUGGUAUUAGAUAAAAUAACUAUAUACGUGACUUCCUGGUAAAUAUCUCCAUGCCGCUUUCCAUAUAUUCCAGCUUCUGAAGAUAGGCAGCAGCCAUGAAAUGGUAACAGAGGUGUCUGCCGAGAAGUCUUCAUUUUAUACUUUGUUGAUAUACUUAAUACCAACAUUUGUAAAUUAGAAGCAAUGUGUUAAACAAACCUAAAAUAAUAUUUAAACCUGUAAUUUCUUUUAAACCCUUUUUACACCAAAUAAGUUGAAACUGCAAAGAUGACCAAUUUUGAAAAUUUCACCUCAAUUUCUUAAAUAUAUUUUCUCUGUGGAAAUUUUGAAUUAUAGAUUUGUGAAUUUUUAAGCUUUUUAAUCAGUUUCAAAAUAAUUAUUUAAGUAAAAAGCAAAGUCACGAUACAAUCUGACCAAUAUUCAUUGUAGAAUGUCUACAAACUUAACCAUUAUACUAUUCUGUAUUGUAAUAUUACUAUAAUGAAACAUGGAACACAUACUGAGCUUCCAGAGAAAGCAUUAUCUCCAAGUCAUCCUGCAUUUUUUCAUUUGGUUGUGGGGUUUUGCAAGUGGUUCAUAGAUGUCAUUUCCACACCAAAUACUAUCACAAAUUAUGAAUGCCAAUGCUCAGUUAAUAUUGUUUCAAAGAUUUGGAACAACCAAAAAUAGAAACUGUAUGAUACCUAACUUUGUACAUUAAGAAAAUAUUUAUAGUUAUUAAAGCAGUUAUGAUUGAAAAGUAAUUUAAUUCCUGGUAGGCAUGUUACAAGACUUCCAAAACUAUGACUUUAAAAUAUUUUGCUGACAUGACAAAAGCUUGUUGAACAAAGAAAAUAAUUAAUUUCCCUGGAACAAUGGAUUAAAAUUCUAUUUGCUAGAAUUUGAAAAAAAUUAAAACAAAAUUCAUAUCACAUUAAUAUUGAAAUUGAUAUCACCAUCCAACAUUAAUACCUUUCAAAAUGGUAGUGGAUAGGUCUAAUCUUUGGGAAGGGGAUGUAGACACUAGCUUUGAAAUUUAGUUAAUUGUACUCUCUCGAUAAUUCUGUAGCGUAUAAAUUUAAUGAAUUCAAAAUUAUGAAGUUGAAAAAAAAUUGUUGUUUUCAAACAACUGCAGAUUGAUAUAUAUUUUUUUAAUUAGAAAUGAAAUAUUACUAAUUUUAUUAAUCUGAACAAGUCAAAAACUAACUGACAUACAUUAAAGAAUAUUUUUAAUUACAAAAUACAAAUGAGAUACACAGAUAUUAACAAUGUAUUAGUUCAAUUUUUUAAAUGCAAAUGUCAUUAAGAUCUGUACGUUUCAUUUGUAUUUUAUUUUAAAAAAUCUUUAAAUAACCAUUAUUUAAGUUUGUUAAUUUUUGGCAUGUUCAGGUUAAUAAACGUUUUACAUACAAAAUUUGAAAGAAAAGACAUAUGACAAUUAUCUGGAAUGAAAUAAAUUAUGCAAAUUGAUAUAUGUGGUUGGUUCUAUGGUUCAUAAUUCUUGGGAAAACAAAUGAAAUAUUGUUUUAUUGUAUACCUCAUAAGGUUUUGUGAAAAGUAUCAAUUACUAACUAAUCUUUGUAAAUAUUCACAAUAUCAUCACAU